AUGAGUGAAUUUCAGAAGAUUGAUGAAGAUGAUUAUUUCCGUUUGAAUGACAUUUUUUGCAUUUGGUUAAUGAAAAAAGAAAACACUCAUUUUGAAGAUCUGUCAUAUAAGGAUGCUAAGAAAAAAUUCAAAAAAUUUUGUAAAAGGUAUAACAAAUAAAAGCUUGAUCCGUUAUAUUAUGAACAUGAUAAAUUAAUCGAAAAAUAUCAAUCAGAUAUUCAAUCUAAACAUAAAUGGAAUUUUAGAUGA